AUGCCUUCACGAUAUUCCCAUGUCGCAACUUUCCCCAUGGCCCCUUUAUCCGACAUCAUCAAACUCGAACCGGAGGAAGAGCCUUGGUGCGCCGGUUACGCGCCUUCACAGGGCCGUCGUUGUCACAUGCGCACAAAUGCACGCGGUCGCCGUUCGGCAAGGAUGCUUCUCAACGAGGGCACCAAAGACCUUCGAGCCGGUCGGAACAUCGAUAUACUGCUGGAAGAUUUAGCUCCUCAUGUUUUAUGCACAAGGUUCCACCAGAACCAAGCUUCGGAUCUCGUGCGGCGUUGGAAAAGACGAGUCAAUACAUAUCUCGAUUCGCAAAUUGUUUCAACGCCAUAUACACGGCCAGUGAGAACAUCAUCCCGAAUGAUCUCAGAGACAGCUGUUGUGGAUUUGGAGGAAAGAGUUGCUGUUCUUCAUCAAAGACUCCGUGAGGCCAAGGAAGAGGUCAGGCGCCUCGAGAUCGCUCAAUCUGUCCUACCUACUACCGCAAACACUCGUCAUCGUGAGGGAAGAAACACGGGCGCAGUCGUCAAUUCCAGCAGCAGGGGAACCGCAUCGAGCGGAAAUCCCCCAGUAAAUCGUGUUAAUGAAACAUUAAGAAGAGACUCGACAGCAUCUUCUACCAAUCAGUCACCAAUCCCGGCACCUCGACCAGCCCAAGCCCGAGUCAGUCAUCAAACAAUCGCUAUUUUUGUUUCGAGCUCAAGACUAGUGAACACACCAACUGUGGCUCGCGCCUCCAGUAGAAUUGGUAACACGGUCAGCCAGGAUGAAACACCCCAGCCAAUUCGUCGUGAGGUUGAAGGUGAAUGUGGUAUCUGUUUGUGCGAUUUGCAUCGUUCGCAAGAUGAGAACUCGGACGAAGAGAAGACCGAGAGCGGUGGUGGCGAUGACCACGAUGAUUCUGAUGAUUCUGAUGACGGGGAUGAUUCUGAUGAUUCUGAUGACGAGGAUGAUUCUGAUGUUUCUGAUGACGAAAAUGAUUAUGAUGAUUCUGAUGACGAAAAUGAUUAUGAUGAUUCUGAUGACGAUACUGAUGCUGACGAUGAUGAUACGGAUGAUCAUGGACACCUUGAAGAAUUGGUUUGGUGCAGGGCACGCUGUGGAGUCAACUUCCACAAACAAUGCAUCGACCAAUGGUUAGAAACAGACCACGCUUCCACAUGUCCAACAUGUAGGAGCAAUUGGAAACACUGA